AUGUCGGGUGCUGAGCACUACCACAAUGGAGAAGUGAUAGAGAUUCAUUAUUUUAGAUAUGAUGAGUACGCAUGCAGCUACAAAUACAAGGACAAGGAGACCGGGACACUGAAUUCAUUUGUUAAUGCCCAGUGCAGCCAGUUUGGAAAAACACUGGACAUCAGCAAGAAUAACAUAUUCUUCCUUCACUCCAGAUUCUUGAACCUUGCUAACGUUAGAUGCCUAAAUCUGUCUGGAAAUGCGAUGAGCCGAAGUCUAAAUGGUUCUGAGUUCACUUAUCUCACUAACUUAAAGUAUCUUGACUUCUCAUCUAACCGUCUGGACCAUCUCUAUUCCUCAGCAUUUCAGGAACUAAGUGUAAGGACAGACGCUGGGAGACAGGAAGCAAGUACAGGGUGAGGAUUUAAUAAUAAAUAGACAUGAAACAAAGCAAGAACAGCGUCUGGACGAGAAAAACAAAACAACUUCAAUGCAGACACCGGGAUAAAACUGAGGAACAGACAAGAUAUAGGGGAGGUAAUUAAGCAGUGAUGAAGUCCAGGUGAGUCCAAUGAAGCACUGAUGCGCGUAACGAUGGUGACAGGUGUGCGUAAUGAUGGGUAGCCUGGCGCCCUCAAGCGCCAGGGAAGGGGAGCGGGAGCAGGCGUGACACUGAGAAGUUUAGUUAUGUUAGACAUAAGCCACAACAACCAUUACUUUGAAUCUGAGGGUUUGACCCAUAUGCUGAAUUUCACCAACAAUUUGACCAAUCUGAAGAUUUUACUCAUGAACUAUAAUAAUAUUUCCACCUCCACCAACACAGAGCUGGAAAGCCCUUCUCUGGAAAGGUUAGAGUUCGAAGGUAACCGUUUAGAUAUGCUGUGGAGGGAUGGCGAUACGAUAUACAGUACAUCAACUACUUCCGGAAACUGGUUAAUCUGAGGGUCCUAGACAUCUCUCACAACAACCUCAACUUCCCUCAUCAGCAAGUCUUCAGAGGCCUGCCAGACAAACCUACUGAGCUCUACAUCAACAACAACAUACUGUAGGUUUUUAGUUGGGAGAAGCUGAUCAUACUUCAGUCCUAACAGGUCUUAGAUCUCAGUGGUAAUAGACUAUCAUCAGUUCCUCCAGAGCUCUCCAACUGCAAGCACAACUACCUGUCCAUCAUCCUCUACAUCCUCCUCACAUCCCUGGUGCUCAGCUCUGUCACCCUCUCCAUCUCCAUCCACCUCUUCCUCUGGGACGUAUGGUACCUCUACCAUUUCCUCCUGGCCAAGAUCAAAGGCUACAGAUGCCUGUCCUCGCCGAGUGUUGCCUACGACGUCUUCGUGGUGUACGACAAGAAGGACCCAGAGGUGUCUGAGUGGGUACUGAAGGAGCUGCUUGUUCAGCUGGAAGACCGCGGGGACCAGUGGUGAUUUUAGUAUGUAAAUCUUGGUGGGGCAAACUAAAAUAAAAUGCAUGCCAGCAAAGCCACUACACAACACAACACAACACUAAACAAUACAUUAAUUGGACUAUAAAGGUGACAAACGGUGCCCACAAACUGUUAGGGCCUACAUAAAGCUGUCCCAACAGCGGAAUCCCAAGGGCAGUCCCAACACCUUACCACUGUUACGCUGGCUAUCAGAAGAGCCUUGUCUGGCAGUGAAACAGUUCAUUCAGCCUCAUUUACUGCCUUUUAAAAAAACAUAGCUGAUAUGACUGACUUGUGGUUUCUACUGACAAUUGAGAUGUACAAACUAUGGCAUAAGGGGACGACGAGCGGAUAAGAGGCAAUCCGUAAUUUCGAUUAAGGGCCAUUCUUACAGUAUUCUCCCUGGCUACAUGUGCACCACCAAAUCAGAACAGUAGGCGAAAUUAUGAGGGGAAAAGGGACCAAAUUAUUAGGGUGAGGCACAUGGGCUACUAACAGCUUACUACACAACAUGCACUUAGUAUUACUUUCUUAGCUACAGUAUACAUAUCUCCCUGGCAUAUUACAUAAUUUAUGCAGCAGAAUACAAUAAAUUUUUGGACUCACCUUGUUGUGCUGUGCUCACUUGAACAGGAAGGUGGCGCGGGGUCCUUCGUGGGCAAAUUUUGUAAUCAAACUUUGUCAUCAAAGUCUGGCAUUCUCUGGAUUUAUGGUGCUUUCAAGACAACUGAGAACUCUGAAAAAAAGAAGGUUGAAUCAUGAAAUUAGUGAUCUUCAGGUCGGAGCUCUAGAAAGAGGCCAGAGUUCCCGACUUGGAAUCCUCAGUUGGAUAACCGUUCAAAACAUAUUUUCCCAGUUGGAGCUCGUUUUUUUUCAGAGUUCCCAGUUGUCUUGAACUCACUAAUGUCUGAGAUUUCCCAGUUUCGAAUUUUGAAAGCGGCAGAAGUCAUGCUGGAUUGACAGCAUGGCCAAUGUUGAAUGUUUAUCCUUUUAAACUUGGAAAAGAGACCCUUAAACCCAGACAUGGACUACACAUCCACUCCACUGAAUAACAGGCAGUUAGCCACUGAUUCCUUCCAAACCAAUCAUUGCUGAAUUUGCGAUUUCCAACUUGUUGUGUAAUGUUUAUGUCCAAUGGCCGAUGAGCACCGAUACAUUUUAUCUAUAAUUUCUCUUCAUAAUUUCUCUACAUAUGACAAGGAUUGAAACGGAUUUGCCAGUAGAUUGUCGACUUGAUUCAGGAUGAUGACUGCUAGCUUGCUAGCUAAGAUUUUGAAAGUAUGAUGUUGACAUUAUCAGUCAAAUCAAAGCUACUGUAGAUAUAACGUGAUUUGACGUCAUUUUAUCUAUGGCCAAUGACCUUGAGCCUUCUUGGAUGGGCACUUCUAAUGUAACUCUAUGGCAGCACCCAAGGGGCUUCAAUUUUCGAGCUCUCCCCGUAGAUUUUGUGGUGAUGUAGUGUCCCCAUGAGUGACAGAACACUGAGCCAAUCACGGCGCAACUAGAGAACAUUACCAACCCCUACGCUCCGUUUUUUCCGCUGGCUGCCCCACCACCACAGAAAGCACUGAGCUAGGUUGAAACACCUGCAUUUUGGAGCUGCCUCCUCAAGAAAGCAAAAAAAGAGAACAAGUUUGUAUGUAGCUUUAUUUAUUUAUUUAUUUUAUUGUUUUACAUUGAUUGCAAACUGAUAUGUGACACGUAUUAAUGCUAAAAUAACAUGCUAAACAGGUGGGACCAUACCUUACAGCUGUGUCUGGAGGAACGAGACUGGAUUCCUGGCAGCCCCCUGAUCGACAACCUCUCCCAGAGCAUCCACCAGAGCAAGAGGACCGUGUUCAUACUGACCAACAAGUACAUCAGGAGUGGGGAGCUCAAGACUGCGUUCUACGUGGCCCAUCAUAGGCUUAUGGAUGAGAGAGAUGAUGUGAUUGUCUUGAUUUUCCUGGAAAAGGCCCCCAGUCACUCAAAGUAACUGAAACUCAGGAAAAGGUUGUAUAGUCGAUCAGUGAUGGAGUGGCACAGCAAUACUUUUGGUUUAGCCUAAGGAGUGUACUGGCAACGGACAGUGAGAAACAAUACAGUAAUCUAUUCAAGGAGACUCUUUGAAAAGGGAAAACAUACAGUGAUGUUGCACUGUUAAGAAUCAAUAGCAUAGUCAUUUUAUGUGAUUGUGUAAGCUAAUGAUUGUGUAAAUGCUUUGAUUGAAGGACAGUUCUGAUGUACACAUUAAAUGUAAUUGUGUUUAAUGACAAUAUAUGGAUAAGAACUUGGUACAACUUUAAUACUGACUGAUUAUGUUUACUCUAUUUACAUAUUUUGACAUAUAAUGUCUCAAGUAGUGUUACCAGAUUAACAAAUUAAUAAAAUAAUAAUAAUUCACAAAAAAGUAAAACAGUAUUCAAAUAAAUGCCUUCAGAAAGAGGGAAGCAAAUCAGGUGAGAACUUAUAAUAACCCAAAUAAUAUGUGCCACUGCACCCAGAGUCAACCUGUUUGAGGGAACCAAACAACUUGCUGAACACAUUUGGCUCACUGUAGCAGCAAGAGGAAUUUGAGUUGCACUUCACUUGUGAUUGAGUAGAGAAGAGUUGAGUCAUUACAUACGGGAACAAAGCGAUGCAUAAAAACACCCUGACAGACAGCUAUUUGCAGUUUCAUUAAACUUCCUUUUUUUGCUUACUUCAAACUAAAUCUGGACAACAACAAGGCACUACUUAUUUGAUAGGCUUUCCAAAUCUCACAAGGGAUCAACAGUAAAUAAUAUGGUAAGUUUGAUUAAUUUCAGUUAUUAGUAUUGAAGAUGGUCACCAAGACUUUGUAGGAUGUGCUUUUCUCAAGUGGCAAAAUGUAUAAUGAAUCAUGUGACAAAAUUACAAUUUAUAGGGGAAGUAGAAUUCAGUCUAACAUCCAUUAUACUGAAUUGUUACAUUCACAAAUGCUUCUUCUAGGCAAACAUAUAGUGGAUAACUACUAUCCUGAAAUUAGUACACAAAGCUAUUUGGGCAUUGCAUUUUGGAGAAAAACUAUGUGGGUGGAUACAUCUUCCCAUUCUAAAUCAACUACUAUGGGAGCUUAAUGACUUUAAUUGGUACUAUUAUGAUAGCAUUGUGCCACCAGUAGGCGUAGUAACACCAAUUAGCAAUUUUUGGUAAAUUAGGAUUUUCUGAAAUGAAGGCCACAAAUGCUCAAAUCUAAGGUCAUCAAACCUUUAAAACAUUAUUUACUAAAGUGAUAUGAUUAUCUAAUUUUGCUCACAAUGUUAUUUGCCUUAAUUUAAAUUGACUAACACCAACUGACACUUUGGAUUUAUUAAUUUGGCAAAAAGGCACAUGUUUAUAUGGCCUUAAAUCUGCAGAUUUAAUCUGCAGCCAUUUCCAAAGCCUCCAACAGUGUCUCCCACUACCGCAAGUCAACAUUUGCACAAGAUCUCCUUGAAGGGGAGAAUCAUCUGCAACCAGCCACUGUCACAAGAUGGAACUCUCAACUGAAAAUGAUUAGCUCAUUUUUCAAUGGGGAUGAAGAACAGCUUGACACAAUGCCUGUCACCAAGCUUUCCAUGCACAAUAAGUAUGUCCGCACUGAUGCUGUGGAUAUUCUAACCCCGUUUGAGGUUGCCACAGAUUGCGUGCAAGGAUCAUCGUCACACACAGCUACAGUGGGGAAAAAAAGCAUUUAGUCAGCCACCAAUUGUGCAAGUUCUCCCACUUAAAAAGAUGAGAGAGGCCUGUAAUUUUCAUCAUAGGUACACGUCAACUAUGACAGACAAAAUGAGGGGAAAAAAAUCCAGAAAAUCACAUUGGACGAUUUAUUAUGAAUUUAUUUGCUAAUUAUGGUGGAAAAUAUGUAUUUGGUCAAUAACAAAAGUUUCUCAAUACUUUGUUAUAUACCCUUUGUUGGCAAUGACACAGGUCAAACGUUUUCUGUAAGUCUUCACAAGGUUUUCACACACUGUUGCUGGUAUUUUGGCCCAUUCCUCCAUGCAGAUCUCCUCUAGAGCAGUGAUGUUUUGGGGCUGUCGCUGGGCAUCACAGACUUUCAACUCCCUCCAAAGAUUUUCUAUGGGGUUGAGAUCUGGAGACUGGCUAGGCCACUCCAGGACCUUGAAAUGCUUCUUAUGAAGCCACUCCUUCGUUGCCCGGGCGGUGUGUUUGGGAUCAUUGUCAUGCUGAAAGACCCAGCCACAUUUCAUCUUCAAUGCCCUUGCUGAUGGAAGGAGGUUUUCACUCAAAAUCUCACGAUACAUGGCCCCAUUCAUUCUUUCCUUUACACGGAUCAGUCGUCCUGGUCCCUUUGCAGAAAAACAGCCCCAAAGCAUGAUGUUUCCACCCCCUUGCUUCACAGUAGGUAUGGUGUUCUUUGGAUGCAACUCAGCAUUCUUUGUCCUCCAAACAUGACGAGUUGAGUUUUUACCAAAAAGUUAUAUUUUGGUUUCAUCUGACCAUAUGACAUUCUCCCAAUCCUCUUCUGGAUCAUCCAAAUGCACUCUAGCAAACUUCAGACGGGCCUGGACAUGUACUGGCUUAAGCAGGGGGACACGUCUGGCACUGCAGGAUUUGAGUCCCUGGCGGCGUAGUGUGUUACUGAUGGUAGGCUUUGUUACUUUGGUCCCAGCUCUCUGCAGGUCAUUCACUAGGUCCCCCCGUGUGGUUCUGGGAUUUUUGCUCACCGUUCUUGUGAUAAUUUUGACCCCACGGGGUGAGAUCUUGCGUGGAGCCCCAGAUCGAGGGAGAUUAUCAGUGGUCUUGUAUGUCUUCCAUUUCCUAAUAAUUGCUCCCACAGUUUUCUUCAAACCAAGCUGCUUACCUAUUGCAGAUUCAGUCUUCCCAGCCUGGUGCAGGUCUACAAUUUUGUUUCUGGUGUCCUUUGACAGCUCUUUGGUCUUGGCCAUAGUGGAGUUUGGAGUGUGACUGUUUGAGGUUGUGGACAGGUGUCUUUUAUACUGAUAACAAGUUUAAACAGGUGCCAUUAAUACAGGUAACGAGUGGAGGACAGAGGAGCCUCUUAAAGAAGAAGUUACAGGUCUGUGAGAGCCAGAAAUCUUGCUUGUUUGUAGGUGACCAAAUACUUGUUUUCCACCAUAAUUUGCAAAUAAAUUCAUUAAAAAUCCUACAAUGUGAUUUUCUGGAGAAAAAAAGUUCUCUAUUUGUCUGUCAUAGUUGACGUGUACCUAUGAUGAAAAUGACAGGCCUCUCUCAUCUUUUUAAGUGGGAGAACUUGCACAAUUGGUGGCUGACUAAAUACUUUUUUCCCCCACUGUACAUCAUUCCAUGCAUCAGAGGAAUUACUAAACAUCUAACUAAUUGCUCCACAAUGGAAAGCUUGUCAAAAACCUGAAACAAGCAGUUGACAAGCGCCUGACUGUUUAUGAGCAGAAGAAACCAUACCAGAUUGUCUUAGUCUUGGAUACACACUUUAACUGGCAUAGUGCAAUGCCACUGAGAAGGCUGCCCUUACUGAAGACAUCAAUGGUCUUGCCAAAAAGUUCAACAGCACUAUACAGGAUGUCCCACACGGUGAGCCACCACCACCAGUGAAGAAAAGUCGAUUGGACACACUGUUUAAUUUCAUGGAACAACCAAGCAUGGCUGCAUGUACUCCAAACCUCAUCCCCCCAUAUCUUCCACCAACUACUGAUCCUCUGAAAUUCAGGAAUACACACAGUCAAACAUACCCAACACUGAGCAGAGUUGCUGCUGAGUACCUACAUAUCCCAGCAUCCUCUGCAGCUGUGGAGUUGCUUUUCAGCAUUAGAGGGCAUAUCUUCAGACCAGAUCACUGCUCAAUGUCCAACUAGCUUUUUGAAACCCUGAUGUUUUUUAAAUGUAACAUGGCAUCUUGUCUUCUUUCAUAAAUCACCAAUGUAAUGUAUGGGCUGCAUAUUGUGAUAGAAAAAUGAAAUAAGACUUAUAGAUGUUAAGUUGUUUGUUAUUUCAAAUGUAACUACUAAGUACAAUACAUUCACAACUAUUUUCAUAUGCAUCCAAAUAAUUCAAAUAUUUUUGGGAAAAUACUGUCUUUCAAAUAUGUCUAAUGAUAUGUAUUUGAAUACAUUAUAAAUACAUGCCAAUACUUUCCAAAUUGUAUUGUCAAAUACAUUUCAAAAUUCAAGUACUUGUUUUUUUAAAUAAUGGUUAUCUAAAUAGUUGUUUUGAAAUGUAUUGAAAAGUAAUUGAAAUACCUGAAAUAGUAUUUGAACCCAGGUCUGCAUCAUAAUCGUAUUUUAUUUUAUUUUAAUAGCCCUCUUUGUUUUUAUUGAUCCAUACAAUAUAUUGUUCACAAUAUUUUGUUCACUGUCUAGCAAUAAAAAAUAAUAGAUAGAUAUCUCCAAAUCCCCAAAACAUGCCACUACACCUCUACACAUCACCAGUGGGACAAUCCAAUUUGCUAGCCCCCAGUAGUUUCUACAAUGCAUACACAUAUAUCUGUUGCAAUAUAAAGGACUUACAACAGAAUGACCUUAUUGCAAUAGAGUGGCCAUAAAAUGUGAGAGUGUAGGUCUACUCCACACAAAUGGUUAAAGUCAAUAAGUAAGUAGUCAGUUAUUAUAUUUCCAUACUCACAAGUUUCUACUGUUUGCUUACAGGAUGCUACCACCUGCUGGUUACAGUUGGCACCAUUGUUCCUAUGUCACUUUCUGGUACCUACCUCAUGUACAUGGAUGCCACGGCAGUUUCCAUGUGACGUUACGGUCAAUACUACCAAUACCACGGAUGACAUCAUCUUUAAUUGUGAGGAGCGUCGACUGAAAAAGGUACCUGUUGGCAUCACCAGGAAUGUGACCGUGCUGGACCUAUCAGAAAACAACAUCAAAAAUGUAUCUCUUGAUGCAUUUUCUAAUCUGGAGAACCUGACCCUUCUCAAUCUCAACUGUGUCAACAAAAAAGGUGAAACGCACAUAGCUGAAGGUGCCUUCAAAAAUCUGACAAACCUGCAGGACCUAAGGCUUAAUGACAAUGGCCUCAUCAACAUUCCUCAAAAUCUCCCACUCAUUCUGGAUAAACUCAUGCUGGACAAUAACAAGAUCAAUUUCUCAAAUAUGAGCAACCUCGCCGGUAUACAACAUGUGAAGGAGCUGUACUUAUCCAAAAAUUGCUAUUACUGGAAUCCCUGUGAGACUGACUUUACUAUUGGAAACGGCACCUUCUCAGUAUUGACUAACUUGAAGGUUUUGAUGUUGGCCUAUAAUAAUUUAACUCAAGUUCCAAAAGGACUGCCAAGCUCUAUACAAGUAUUACACCUUGAUUCAAACAAGAUACAGCAAAUUGCUGAGGAUGAUUUCCUUGGACUAACCCAUCUAAAAAUCCUGGAAUUACAGGGAAACUGUCCAAGAUGCUCCAAUGCUCCAUAUCCUUGUGUUCCCUGUCCUAAUGAUUCUCUGGAUAUUCAUCCUCAUGCAUUUCAUGGUCUUACACAGUUACAGACACUGCACCUAGCAGGCAACUCACUUCGUUUCAUCAAUAACUCCUGGUUUGAGAGCUUGAACAAUCUUACACAUCUGUUCCUGUCUUAUAAUUACUUAGCAAAUACAAUCACCAAUGGAACAUUUUUUAGCUAUCUUCCAAAGCUAGAAAAGAUUGAUUUGUCAUUUAAUUAUGAUUUGCUUGCCUACCCUGAAACGCUACAGCUUUCAAAAAACUUUUCACAAUUGGUGUCUCUUACAACAUUACAUAUAAUGGGUUUUGUUUUUAGGGAAAUUCAUUCAGAAACACUCAGACCGCUUUAUGAACUAAGAAAUCUUUCAGUGUUGAACAUCGGAACUAACUUUAUUGUUCGCUCUGAUUCCCACAUAUUCAGCAAAUUCUCAAACUCAAGUCUCAAAGUCAUAUAUCUUGCAGAAAACAGGCUUUAUCCACUUUCAGUGAAUGAGUCCCCAGGUUGUGGCAUAGGAAGCAACUUAAAUUCAGUGUUGUACACAUCGCCACUAACUGGAUAUUAUUCCAAUUCAAGGGACUUUUCUUACGGAUUAAAUCACAACCUUGUGAAGCCAGAAUGCUUUAUCUCUGGUCGAGUGCUGGUCCUUAGUUCAAAUAAUAUAUUUUUCAUUUCUCCAAAGCAAUUUGAGGGCUAUGGUGACAUUGCAUGUCUAAACUUAUCAAGAAAUGGAUUUUCAGCAGCAUUGAAUGGAACAGAGUUCACCUCAUUACCAGACCUAAAAUAUCUGGACCUGUCCUUUAACAAGAUUGACCUGGCUUAUGACAACGCCUUCAAGGAAUUAAAGAAACUCGAAAUAUUAGACCUAAGCUACAACAGCCACUAUUUUGAAGUGUCUGGUGUGACACAUAAUUUGAAUUUUUUGAAAAAUCUACCGACUUUGAAAGUAUUGAAUAUGUCACACAAUAACAUUUUUACAUUAACCACUAAGCAGAUGAUAAGCACAUCUUUAAAAGAGCUUCAAUUUCAACACAAUUUGUUGGCAACAUUAUGGAAAGAGGGGGAUGACUCAUACAACAGCCUUUUUAAAAACCUGAUGAAUUUGACCUAUCUGGAUAUAUCAUUUAACAGCAUUGAGAAGAUCCCAUCAAAAGUCUAUGAAAACAUACCAUAUACCCUUCAAAAACUAUGUAUUAGUCAUAAUACACUCAACCAUUUCGAUUGGGAUAAACUGGCUAAUUUCCAACAACUGAAUGUCCUGGAUCUAAGCUACAAUUCUUUAUUUCAUGUGUCAGCAAAUCUCUCAAACUUCACAGAUACACUUCAGAUGCUUGACUUGAGCCACAAUCAGAUUUCUCAACUCUCUGGUGGAUUUCUUAGGGGUGCUCAAAGCCUUCAGAUACUUGACCUCAGCUACAACCAACUGACUAUCAUCAACGAGACCACCUUCCUAUCGGGCCCUGAAAACUACAUGAAAACCAUGUCCUUGCAAGGUAAUCCAUUCCAGUGUACCUGUGAUUUACUAGAGUUCAUCCUGUGGAUUGAAGAGAACAACGACGUGGAGAUCCCCAGACUGGCCAGUGAGGUGACCUGCAACAUGCCAGCCAAAACAAGAGGCCAACCAGUGAUACUGUUUGACAUUAAAGAAUGCGUCAAGGACAACAUAGCUUUCCUGAUUUACUCCCUCUCCACUUCCUUGAUCAUGUUCACUGUGGUCAUCACUAUGGCAGCACAUAUGUUUUAUUGGGAUGCCUCCUAUAUUCUAUACUAUCUGAAGGCAAAGCUGAAGGGCUACCAUUCCUUGAGUUCAACAACAACAGACAAUCUCUAUGAUGCCUUUGUUACCUACGACACCAGAGACCCGUUUGUGUCAGACUGGGUGCUGAACCACUUGCGGGUGCAGCUGGAAGAGAGGGGGGAGAGACACCUGCCUCUCUGUCUGGAGGAGCGAGACUGGGCCCCCGGGGUCCCCCUGAUAGACAACCUCUUCCAGAGCAUCCAACAGAGCCGCAAGACCGUCUUUGUGCUGACCGAGGCUUACGUCAGGACUGGGACCUUCAGGAUGGCUGUGUACCUGGCCCACCAGAGGUUGCUGGAUGAGAACAUGGAUGUGAUUGUGUUGAUUCUCCUGGAACCCGUGCUGCAGCACUCUCACUUCCUCCUUCUGCGGCGGCGUCUGUGUGGGAGGAGUGUUCUAGAGUGGCCCCAGACUGCAGCUGCAGAGACCUGGUUCUGGCAGUACCUAAGGAACGCGGUCAGGUUAGACAACCAGUUGAUGUACAACAAGAUCUACUCCAGGUACUUCACCAACAAGUAG